CUUAUAUACAGUCUAUGGUUUUCCUUUUUACUGUUUAGUUUUGUGAAAUGUUGGCUAUGAGAGAGAGAGAGAGAGAGAGGGAGGGAGGGAGAAAGAGAGAGAGAGAGCGGGAGAGAGAGAGAGAGAGAGAGGAGUGUCUCUGACUCACUCUGUCUGUUCUCGGAUCGUUCAGCAGCUCUCUGCCUCUCUCUGCACUCUUCUUCUCUUCUUUCUCUCUUCUUCCUGCCUUCAUCCUCCGGCUGCCGACGUCAGUGGAACGUUUCAAUCCCCUCUGAUAUUCAGGUUAAUCUGAUUAUGAAUAUUUCCUCUGAGACGCCUCUUUGUCAAUGACAGCCAAGAUGGAGACUCCUUUUUACCACGACGACUCCCACGCCGUCCCCGGCUUCAGCCAGAUCGCAGAAUACGAGCGUUACUCAGGAAACAAGAUGCUGAUGAGCAAGAAGGCCAUGUCAAUGAUGGGCAGUCAUCACUUCCCUGGUGGUGGUGGCGCAGCAGGAGGGAGGAACCAUCACCACCUGGGGCUCGCCGGCAACAGCUCCUUGAUGGCAUCAGCGGCACCCUCAACGGACAUGAACCUGCUGAAGCUGGCGUCCCCUGACCUGGAGCAUCUGAUCAUCCAGUCCAACCAGGGACUGGUCACCACCAGCCCCGUGCCGAACGCCUCCAAUCCCUUCAUGUACCGCAACCAGGCCACCAAUGAGCAAGAAGGUUUUGCCGAUGGCUUUGUCAAAGCGCUCGCCGACCUUCACAAGCAGAACCAGCUGGUGGGAGGCGGCCCCAUGUCGCCGUCCUCGUCCUCCAACACCUCCCUACAGGCAUCCUACCAGAGGAGCUUAAUGUCCGGCGGAGACAUGCCCGUCUACACCAACCUCAGCAGCUACAACCCGGGCCAGAUGACGUACCCCGGGGGUCAGAUGGUGUACGGUAGCGGCUCAGGCCACGGCCACGGCCACGGCGGAGCACCUCAUCCCCAUGCCCGAGGAGUGGACGCCCCUCAGACUGUCCCCGAGGUGCCUCACCCAGCAGGCGACCCCACGUCCCCACCCUCCCUCUCCCCAAUAGACAUGGAGACGCAGGAGCGAAUCAAAGUAGAGCGCAAAAAGCUCCGCAACCGCAUCGCCGCGUCCAAGUGCCGCAAGCGGAAGCUGGAGCGGAUCUCGAGGCUGGAGGAGAAGGUGAAAGUUCUGAAGAACCAGAACUCGGACUUGGCCUCCACCGCCGCCAUGCUGCGGGAGCAGGUCACGCAGCUCAAACAGAAGGUCAUGAGUCACGUCACCAGCGGCUGCCACAUUGCCGUCGGCUCGGCCCCGGCCAAGUCCGGAGGAGGCGUGGGAGGCGCCGUCAGCGAGGACUCCAGCUCCUGAGGAGGCGGGACACCAGGAGAAUGAGCGUGCAGAAAAAAUAAGCCGAGAGGUUUACUUUGACCAUUUUUGCUAUUUUGCUCGCAUUCUCGGUGAGAGCGAGCAGAGAGCGAGGUGUCAGGACAGAUGGAUGUUUAACGGGAUUUCUGUAGCCCCGUAAACCCCUGUCAAUCAUCCAGCCAGAGGGGGCGGGGCUUAGAGGAGAGAUGGGAGACUGAAAGAGGGAUAAAUCCCUGACAUGAGCAAAGUUCAAAUUUUAAUUUUUUUAAGAGGAGAUGGCGGCAAAUUUGAAGAGACUGUGCGCGUGUGAACAGAUACAACGCAUUUUUUUCGACUGGUGAAUUAUGACAUAUUUCAGAGUUUUUAAGCACAAAAAGGUCACGACCAUCAUUACAUCUCAGUAAAUAAACUGCAAUGGAAACAGUGGAAAUGAUUUUCCACCACUGAUUCUAUUUUCAUUUUAUAGUAAAAACUGAACAAAUGUUUAAAUAAUUUUUCUUUUUUUACAGUGUGAAGUUGAUCUUUUAUUUUUUGAAACAGAGUUGAGAAGAUUGCUCAUAAAAGGUAAUGCUACAAUCAAAAGUACUGAUGUAAUUCAUGUGGAAAACAGUAAUCAGAUUACUUAUAGUUACAGAGUGAGGACUGGCAUUUUAAUUCUAUUGUCAUAAUUUACAAGAAGAAGAAGUUAGAGUGUCAAAGAGACAGUUUCAUCCAGGGAACGCCUCGCCUGUGUUUUUACAAUCACCCUUAAUGGUUUCUGUGGUAGAGUUAUGUAAUCUGAUUACUGCCAGUGACUGUUUACAUUUUUUUUUAAUUGUGUUUCUGUGUUUUCUUCGUCUGGAAGUUAAAAACCUUUAUAGCUUUAUUUUGACGAGUUUAAAGUUCCAUCGUUGUUUUUCCAGCUGACAGGCGGUUUGAUUUUUUUUUUUAUUGUUGGCUGUUGGAAACUUUUCUCAUUUAUUUUCUGGAUAUUUCAGGAAUCAGGACUGAAGGAAAUGUUCAAUUUAAGAUCUGCCAGCAAAGACGUCUGUAUGUGGUUUUAAUCUCUAAAUUUAAAACUCAGAUUAUUUUUACUUUUCAACUAGUGGAAUAAAAUCCAGAUGUGGGGAGUAAACCUGUACGUUGACAUAAAUAUUUUCUACAACAGAAAUAUUACUGAAGAUGAAACAUUUCAUUUCUCAUUUCAUAACAGCAUUGUGCAUAUAAGAUAUGACAAUUUAAUAAUGUUUCUCAUUUUGAUAAUUAGUUUGCAGCUUUGUCUGCUUUGCUGUUUGAACUGUGUAAUGAAAACACUCCACACUGUGUGCUACUUUUGAAGAUUUUCUUACUUAAAACUCAAGCUAUAUAUGUGAAUAUACCUUACAUGGUGAAAAAAAUACAGAUUGGGCAUUUAAUAUCUUAAAGUGCAAACCCACAAAAGAAACUAUAGAAGGUAAAAGUGUUGUUGUUUAUGAAGUGUGUCGAUUGAUAUUUUCAACACAUUUUCAAAUGAUCCCUUUCUAUUUUUGGACUCUGUUUUGUCCUGACAAUCAGCAGGUCUGUAUCAUGUUACAGUUUGUAAAUUGCAGCUGUCGGAUAGAAAAACAUAUAACUGCAAAGAAAGAAAAUAAAUCCGAUUUUUAUGCGAGCGAAAAACCAAAUACAAAGCUCCGCUACUUUAAAAAAAAAGAAUCAGUUGCAGUUACAUGUUUUCUGUUGGCGAGCGUCGAACAAAUAUUUAUUUUUCUUUAACUUGAACGAGGCUUUUGACGUCUCUAAUGAUUCUAUUUUUGUACAAAUGUAAAAAAAAAAAAAAAAUGUUAUUAAUAUUCUGAAAUGAUGUGUGUGUACGAGCUUGUUUGUUUGAUUUGAUCAAACACUUUAUGUCUCUAUUUAUUAUGAAUAUCUUUUGUUAUACAGAUGUAUGUUUAUGUUCUGCUGCGUUGAGGUGUUUGUGUCAAUAUAUCUGAAUAUGAAAUAUUCACCUGCUGCUAGUUUUGCCGUUUGUAAAUUCAGAAAUGGAGUGACAUUCCACGUGACAAUGGCCACAUGUUGUAGUAAGUGCACUUUCCUAAACUCAUUUUAGCUGUGUUCAACAUCUCACAUAAAGGAUUAAAAAUUCAACAAUCAAAAAAUGUAAA